ACUCGGAAAAUCUACUCACCACAGCAUUCAACUCUCGACGGCUUCUGUCUAGGAUGGGCUUGGCUCGGACAGCAAGCACCAAGGCCAAAACCGGUCUCGCUACCCGAUAUCAUCGUCUUCCCCUACCCUGGUGAGCCUGAUGUGUGUGCUAUGGGGGCGAGGGGCCCGACUGGGGAGGCAGCUGGGGGGACAAGCCGCUAUCACAGUGCACUGCUCCAUACGCACUCCUCUUAGCGUCCAGAAUCUAAUCUAUCAUCUGCCCCCUUUGGUCGCCUCAAGAGCCAGUUGCUUAUACCACAGGGCAAGCACAACAAGGAUACGGCUUGAACAGGUCCUCCAUAUGUACAGCCUUGUCCCCACCGGAUCGAAUUGCGCUUCGAGUGCAUACGUCCAUGUGUCCGUUGCCUUCCACAAAGGCACUGUUGCCAGGCCCGGGGUUGAUGUGAGAGCGGGAGAACGGAAAGCCAUGCUCACCAUGCAUGGGAGACGCUACACGUGUACAACUAAGCCUUUCAGCCUCCUUGUAGCGCUUCUGGUAGCAAAGCGACUGGACAUGCCCUCGCUGGCCCACGUCGGGUCGGCAAAGCGCACCGAUACACAUCCUCGCCAUCACAGCACAAUUCCUAUUCAUUAUUGGCUCCCAAGUACUAGAGCAGCCAAGGGUGGACAAGCACUGCUACUUCAAAAAACCCUACACUACCAACGUGUCGGCUUCUUUCGGCCCCUCACAGAAUGCGUCUCCCACAGUCUGCAUGAGGCCAGUGGACUCUUGCCUUUACCACCACGGGCCUAUUCCGAGCUCAGCUUCCUCAACGCCCCAUGCACUCCAUAUGCUAGCUAGUAGUGUGCCACUGCGGCAGGGCGGCGAGGGGAAUCAACCCGUGGCAGAAAUUUCAGAAAAGCGAGUGAGAAUUGUUAUUGGCGAGAAAUCAUAUCCAUCACCGGGUACAGCCGUCAUGCCGCCUUGACGUGGGGCAGUUUGAACCACUCCCACUCUUGCUCUGGAAAAAAGCGAUAUAUCGUUGAGAAAACAUCAACACUCACAAGGUACCCAGAAGUCUAGACCGGUUUGACCAGUAGUCCGGGCUACAAAGGGGGUCAGCAUACGGACGCCGCGUUGAAACCGCCUAAACGUUGUUGCGUUACGGCUUCCGCCACUCGU